CGCGAGGGCGCGGCCAUGGACGGGCCGGGCGCGGCGGCGGCGGCGGGCGCGGGGCCCGGUCCCAACAACGUUCCCGCCUUCCUCACCAAACUCUGGACGCUCGUGGAGGAUCCCGACACCGACUCCCUGAUCUGCUGGAGCCCCAGCGGGAGCAGCUUCCACGUGCUGGACCAGGGCCAGUUCUCCAAGGAGGUUCUGCCCAAGUACUUCAAGCACAACAACAUGGCCAGCUUCGUCCGCCAGCUCAACAUGUACGGUUUCCGGAAGGUGGUGCACAUCGAGCAGGGCGGGCUGGUGAAGCCGGACAGGGACGACACCGAGUUCCAGCACCCGUUCUUCCUCCGGGGCCAGGAGCGCCUGCUCGAGAACAUCAAGAGGAAAGUCACCAGCGUGUCGUCGCUGAAGGGGGAGGAGGUGCGGGUGCGGCAGGACAGCGUGGCGCGGCUGCUGGCCGACAUGCAGGCCAUGCGCGGGAAGCAGGACAGCCUGGACUCCCGGCUGCUGGCCAUGAAACAUGAGAACGAGGCGCUGUGGCGCGAGGUGGCCGCGCUGCGCCAGAAGCACGCGCAGCAGCAGAAGGUCGUCAACAAGCUGAUCCAGUUCCUGAUCUCCCUGGUGCAAUCCAACCGGAUCCUGGGCGUCAAGAGGAAAAUCCCGCUGAUGCUGAACGACGGCGGCGCCGCCCACCCCGUGCCCAAGUACGGCCGGCAGUUCCUGGAGCACCACGGGAAUUCCAAUUAUGCCGCCCCGGCGGCGGCGCUGUCGGGCCCGGCUCUGCUGGCGGCGGAUCCCGGCGCCCCCUGCGGGCCGAUCAUCGCCGACGUCACCGAGCUGCCCCCGUCCAGCCCCGAGGCCUCCCCGCGAGGCAGCCUGGACGGCAGGAGCAGCCCGGAGAUCCGGAUCAAGGAGGAGCCGCCCAGCCCCACGCGGAGCCCGCACGGGGAGGAGCCCAAGAGCGCCGGGAACAAUUCCGGGAACAAUUCCGGGAAUAAUUCCGGGAAUUCUGAGACCCCCCUGUCCCCGUCCACCUUCAUCGACUCCAUCCUGCGGGAGAACGAGCCCGGAGCCGCCGCCGGCCACCCCCAGCCCCAGGAGAAGUGCCUGAGCGUCGCCUGCCUCGACAAGUCGGAGCUGAACGAGCACCUGGACACGAUCGACUCCAGCCUGGACAAUCUGCAGGCGCUGCUCAGCACCCACGGCUUCAGCAUGGACAGCGCCCUGCUCGACCUCUUCAGCCCCUCGGUGGCGGUGCCGGACGUGGCCCUGCCGGACCUGGACAGCAGCCUGGCCAGCAUCCAGGAUCUCCUCUCCAACCAGGAGCAGCAGAAACCGACGGAGACCGAGCCGGGCGCGGGCGACUCCGGGAAGCAGCUGGUUCCGUGCACGGUGCAGCCGCUGUUCCUGGUGGAUUCCAGCGCCGUCGACGUCGGCUCCGGGGAUCUCCCCAUUUUCUUCGAGCUGGGCGAGGGCCCCCCGAGCUUCCCGGACGGGGACGAGUAUCCCGAGGAGUAUCCCGAGGAGUACCCGGAGGAGUACCCGGAUGAGUAUCCCGAGGAGUAUCCCGAGGAGUACCCCGAGGACCCCGCGCUCAUCCCGCCCGCGCCCAAGGACCCGGCCGUGUCCUAAAGGGGACGGCGACGCGAUCCCCCCCAAAAACAAAAAAAAAACGGGAUCCCAAAACAAAAAAACCCCACAAAAACGGGAUCCCGAAAGACAAAAACGGGAUCCCCAAAAAAAACGGGAUCCCAAAAAAAAACCACCAGGAUCCUAAGAACAAAGGGGAUUCCAAAAAAAAAACCGGGAUCCCAAAAGAAAAAUGGGAUCCCAAAAAAACAAAAAAUGGGAUCCCAAAAAACAAAAAAUGGGAUCCCAAAAAACAAAAAAUGGGAUCCCAAAAACAAAAAAAAAAAAAAGGGAGGGAAGCCCCGAGUGACUCGUCCUGCUUGGCACAGAAACCCCGAGGAGCCGACGCCGCCCUCGGGGAGUUCCGGGGGAUCCCGGGAGUUCUGGAGAAUUCCUGAGGAUCCUGGAGGGUCCUAAAUCGGCCCAGGAAAUCCGGGAGCAUCCGGGGAUUCCAGAAGGAUCUCUGACAUCCCGAGGAAUCCUGGAGGAACCCAGAGGGUCCCAAGGGAUCCUGGAGCUUCCCGGGGGAAUCCUGGAGGAUCCUGAAUCAUCCUGGGACAUCCUGGAGAAUUCCAGGGGAGUCCUGGAGCAUCCUGGAACAUCCCAGAGAAUUCCAGGGGAAUCCUGGAGGAUCCUGAAUCAUCCUGGGACAUCCUGGAGAACUCCAGGGGAGUCCUGGAGGAUCCUGGAGCAUCAAAGGAAAUCCUGGCGUGUCCUGGAGAAUUCCAGGGGAAUCCUGGAGGAUCCUGAAUCAUCGUGGGACAUCCCAGAGAAUUCCAGGGCAAUCCUGGAGGAUCCUAAAUCAUCCUGGGACAUCCCGGAGAGUUCCAGGGCAAUCCUGGAGGAUCCUAAAUCAUCCUGGGACAUCCCGGAGAAUUCCAGGGGAAUCCUGGAGGAUCCUGGAACAUCCUGGAGAAUUCCAGGGGAAUCCUGGAGCAUCCUGGAACAUCCUGGAGAAUUCCAGGGGAAUCCUGGAGGAUCCUGAAUCAUCGUGGGACAUCCUGGAGAAUUCCAGGGGAAUCCUGGAGGAUCCUGGAGCAUCAAAGGAAAUCCUGGCAUGUCCUGGAGAAUUCCAGGGGAAUCCUGGAGGAUCCUAAAUCAUCCUGGGACAUCCUGGAGAGUUCCAGGGGAGUCCUGGAGGAUCCUGGAACAUCCUGGGACACCCUGGAGAAUUCCAGGGGAGUCCUGGAGGAUCCUGGAGCAUCCCGGAGAAUUCCAGGGGAGUCCUGGAGGAUCCUAAAUCAUCCUGGGACAUCCUGGAGAGUUCCAGGGGAGUCCUGGAGGAUCCUGGAACAUCCUGGGACACCCUGGAGAAUUCCAGGGGAGUCCUGGAGGAUCCUGGAGCAUCCCGGAGAAUUCCAGGGGAGUCCUGGAGGAUCCUAAAUCAUCCUGGGACAUCCUGGAGAAUUCCAGGGGAAUCCUGGAGGAUCCUGGAACAUCCCAGAGAAUUCCAGGGGAGUCCUGGAGGAUCCUGAAUCAUCCUGGGACAUCCUGGAGAACUCCAGGGGAGUCCUGGAGGAUCCUGGAGCAUCAAAGGAAAUCCUGGCGUGUCCUGGAGAAUUCCAGGGGAAUCCUGGAGGAUCCUGAAUCAUCGUGGGACAUCCCAGAGAAUUCCAGGGCAAUCCUGGAGGAUCCUGAAUCAUCGUGGGACAUCCUGGAGAAUUCCAGGGGAAUCCUGGAGGAUCCUGGAACAUCCCGGAGAAUUCCAGGGGAAUCCUGGAGGAUCCUGAAUCAUCCUGGGACAUCCUGGAGAAUUCCAGGGGAGUCCUGGAGGAUCCUGGAGCAUCAAAGGAAAUCCUGGCGUGUCCUGGAGAAUUCCAGGGGAAUCCUGGAGGAUCCUGGAGCAUCCCGGAGAAUUCCAGGGGAGUCCUGGAGGAUCCUAAAUCAUCCUGGGACAUCCCGGAGAAUUCCAGGGGAAUCCUGGAGGAUCCUAAAUCAUCCUGGGACAUCCCGGAGAAUUCCAGGGGAAUCCUGGAGGAUCCUGGAACAUCCUGGAGAAUUCCAGGGGAAUCCUGGAGGAUCCUGAAUCAUCCUGGGACAUCCUGGAGAACUCCAGAGGAAUCCUGGAGGAUCCUGGAGCAUCGAAGGAAAUCCUGGGGCGUCCUGGAGAAUUCCAGGGGACUCCUGGAGGAUCCUGGACCAUCCCAGAGGAUCCUGGAGCAUCCUGGAGAGCUCUGGGAAAUCCCAGAGGAUCCUGGAGCAUCCCAGGGGAUCCUGGAGGAACCCAGAGGGUCCCAAGGGAUCCUGGAGGAUCCCGGAGAAUUCCAGGGAAUCCUGGAGGAUCCUAAAUCAUCCCAGGAAAUCCUGGAGCGUCCCAGGGGAUCCUGGAGGAACCCAGAGGGUCCCGGAGGAUCCUGGAGAAUUCCAGGAGUUCCCAGAGGAUCCUGGAGCACCCCAGAGGAUGUUGAAGGAUCCCAAAUCAUCCCAGAGAAUUCCAGGAAACCCCAAAGGAUCCUGGAGCAUCCCACGGAAUCCUGGAGGAUCCCGGAGCAUCCUGGGAAUUUGCAGAAGAUCCCAGAAAAUCUUGGAGCACCCCAGAGGACCCCAGAAAAUCCUGGAGCAUCACAAGAGAUCCCAAAUCGUCCCAAGGGAUCCCAGAGCGUUCCAGAAAGUCCUGGAGCAUCCCAGAGCAUCAGAAGGGAUCCCAGAGGAUCCCAAAAAAUCCCGGAGGAUCCCAAAUCAUCCCAGAAAAUCCUGGAGCAUCCCGAGGGACCCCAGGGAUCCAGAGAGUGACAGAACCCCGGGAUCUGGGGGAGCUGAAAUCCAGGGAUCCCCAAAAUUCCGGAAUAUCCCAGAAAAAAAAAAUGGUGCCUAAAA